UGCUCAACUGACGUCACGGUAGUAAACGGUCAAACACCCGUAUGUAGCAGCUUUGUGUCCGGUGGAAACAUGUCGGUAAGGAGAGAGCCCAGUGGAGGAACUGCGGCGUCGGUGAAAUGUACACCUGACACACGAGCUGAGCGCUAAAAAGUCACAACGAACGGUGGGAGUUUUGUGAACGUUUCGGGGGCUGCGCCAUUUUGACAACAGAGGGUCGGUGGAGGACGAAUGGAAGGAUAAGAAGAAGACAGCCGCGGCUUGAUCUGAAGACUCGCUGGCAGGUGAACGGAGAGGGGAGAAAAGGGGUCAGCGUGUGCUCUCAUCAAGACGGAGCUUUCCUUCGCUAGGGGAUGUUAUCCGUGCUAUCGUAUGGUAGACUGGUAGCCAGGGCUGUCCUGGGCGGACUCUCUCAGACCGACGGUCGGGACUAUAGCCUGAUCACCGCCAGCUAUGGCUUCGGUAAAGACUUUCGCAAAGGGAUCCUCAAGAAAGGGAUGUGCUACGGGGACGACGCCUGCUUCAUAGCGCGGCACAGGACGGCUGACGUUUUAGGUGUAGCAGAUGGUGUAGGUGGCUGGCGGGACUAUGGUGUUGAUCCAUCUCAGUUUUCUGCCACAUUAAUGAGGACCUGUGAGCGGCUGGUAAAGGAAGGACGCUUCACUCCCAGCCACCCAGUGGGCAUUCUGACCUCAGGCUACUAUGAACUUCUACAGAACAAAGUUCCAUUACUAGGUAGCAGCACGGCCUGCAUCGUGGUUCUGGAUCGUAGGAGUCACCAGCUACAUACGUGUAACCUUGGAGACUCUGGCUUCCUGGUGGUACGAGGUGGAGAGGUGGUCCAUCGCUCAGACGAGCAGCAGCACUACUUUAACACACCCUUCCAGCUGUCCAUCGCUCCCCCUGGAACUGAGGGAGUGGUGCUCAGUGACAGCCCGGAAGCAGCCGACAACUCCUCUUUUGAUGUCCAACUCGGUGACAUCAUCCUAACAGCAACAGAUGGCCUUUUUGACAACAUGCCAGAUUACAUGAUUCUUCAAGAGCUCAAAAAACUCAAGACUUCAAACUAUGACAGCGUCCUGCAGACGGCUCAGAGCAUUGCGAAACAAGCUCACGACCUUGCCUACGACCCCAACUAUAUGUCCCCUUUUGCACAGUUUGCCUGUGACAAUGGCUUGAAUGUAAGAGGAGGGAAACCAGAUGAUAUCACAGUGCUGCUGUCCAUCGUGGCUGAAUACACUGAUUAAAUGUGUUUGUGUGUGCAUGAGUGUGUUUUCUUCGGAGCUGAUCCUUUCUUCCCAUCUGCCAGAGUCUUCCGCCUCUCAACUUGAACUGCAGGCCGACACGAGGAAGUGCACCGACACGAUUCGUACUCCUUGUAGAAUUUUGUUUUCUUCCACUGCUUUUAUCUGGUGCUUUUAUUGCUAGAGAGACGGUGGGAAGCCAGGUCGCCACCAUGUUGAUCAUGAUGGAGGACUGGCUUGGAGCGGCGGGCGGAGGAACGCUUUCGGGUCAACAUAUCUCACUUUAUGGCAUCGUUCACUUAAUGGUUAUGUGGUAACCUGGAAGAAUUUGGAUCAGUAAGUUAGCCAUGGAUUGACAUCCAAACAGAUUAGCAGUAAAGCCGGUUAUGGGGUGUGUCCCUUAAAAUGGUAAUUAGCUCCUCAUUGUCAAAGAAUCAAAGGCGGAGAUUUAGACUCGGGAUGGGAAUAACGGGUGCUUCCAAGAGAAUAAAACGGGACUUUGGUGGUAAAGAAUGUGAAGGAACGCUUUGUUUCAAGUUCUAAUAUUCAAGUGUUCUAUUGAAGGUUAACCUGGUUGGCCGGGGUAAAUUUUUGGUGCGCACAUCUUUAUAAGUUGUACAUAUUUCUGCGUUUUUAACUGUUAUUUGGAGGCUUUUUUUCCGUCUGCAAGCAAAGAGUUGUUACUUGUGUCAAAAACAAACACUGAUCGAUGCACAUGUUUUGUUUUUUUGUCUUGUACACAUGGGAAUGUCAAUGUGAGCUUCAUUAAUCUCAUGCUUCCAGUAGAUAAAAUGAACAAGUGGGAUUUUUUCCUGCGUCAGAUGCGCAGCAGGAAAUAUGUGAAUUUAUGUUUGAGGUACGAUUGGGAAGUUAGUGGAAUGAACGUCGUCUUUUUCUGUCCUGAUGAAGCUAAAAUUAGCAUCUGGGAAUGCUUAAAAUUGCAAUGAUAGGUCAAAAAAGUAAAAUGUAUUUUUUUAAACUUUUUUUUUCCUUGUAAAGUAAUCCAUAAAGUUGAAAGUGAUGAGGCGAUUGAAAGAAUCAGAUGUACUUUUUAAGUUUAAAUUUUUCGUCUGUUCUUUUUUGCAUUUGUUUGCUGCUUCUUUUAUUCUAAUUGAGAUGUCUUUAUACAGCUGAAAUGUUGUGAUUUACAUGUAUAUAAGGCUGUGUUUUGUGUGUAAAUGUGGGUGCAGGAUUUUACAAAACUAUAUUAUUCAAAAGAAGAAAAAAAAGUAUAAUGCUGUUCUGUUCACAGUAGUCAGUAGCUACAUCUCUGCAUACGUUCUUUACAGUUUGAGAGCAUUGGCACCAAAGACACAACUGUUUGUUUUAUUCACUCAAAAAUCACACGGCAAUAUGACAUUUGUGAUCUGUACUUAAGGACCUUAAAUUGUCUUUGAAAGGUAUUCAUAUACUUUUAUUGGUUAUCUGUUAGCAUAAGACAAGUAACCAAAGAAGGAAAGCCAUAUUUAUACACAUGAUUUGGGUACUGUUCUGUACCAUACUUUCACAAUUCAUUUGCAAUUUAUAAAUCCAUUUGUUCUUUCUGUUGAAAUGAGCAGUUCAAUUGUCUUUUCAAAAUGAAGUGAUCAGUUCAAAUGUCGCAGGUCUUCCUUCAUGUAAAGGCUAUUUGAGCGUCACUCGCCGGACUCUGCAUUGUUUGUUUUCGCAUGUCUCGUGUCUUAUCUCCAUGGCUUCUUUUCUCACAUUUGGAGUCUGUUCUCGUCUUUCCUUUCUCCUGAGGGUGAGCACAGUUUCCGCCUUAAAAACUAGACUCGUAAUCAAGAGGCCUUUCCUGUUAUUUCGAGCUUGUCACAUCAGUUGUGCUUCACAGCAUUCGAUGUAAACAAAGCCCCUUCCAGCCCAGAACUCCCUGUCCUGUGUCUCAUGUUAAGCCGUUUCAAAGGUGCUUCUGCAGUCUGAAAUGAUUGUCCAGUCUACAAUGUAACAAUGCAGGUCUGAUUUCUGUAAAUAUGUUUUGAAAUAUGUACAUUAUUUAAAUAAAGAAUCUAGUAUUUAUACUAAA